AUGGAGCAUAUUGAAGCAGAUCGCCAACGCUAUCAUGAUGUUAGUGGGAACGCCGUUCAGCCGAAUCAUAAGAAGACACGUGCGAGGUUAAAGCUGCUGAUGGACUACCACUUGGAAGCAAACCCCGAGGUUCCAGGCUACAGCGAUCUCAACGCCGCUGUUGGGUCUAACGACGCCGCCGACAGCAACGCGGAUUCUAUCGCGUUGAGCGAUAUAGACUUUUCUGAUGUGGACCUCGACCAUGCGGUGGAAAGUUCGAAUGAUUCCGCCUUCGAGCUCGAAGAUGAAGUAGAAGGAAUAUCGACGACUGCAAACGAAGAAGUGGCUUCGCAGCGGCCAUACCCAGCUACGGUCACCCGUCGAGGAAUUCACCCCCAGCUUCUAGACGAAGUGGAUGCGUUGCUGAACAUGGGUUGGGGAGCUAAGCAGCUCCGGUCUAUGCUAAAUCAUCGAUACCACGACGAACCAAGAUCCCUUCGCAUGGUACCGAGCUGCAAACAGCUUGAGAAUCGCAAAGCAUUUCUUGUUCGUUGCUCCGCUAAUGGUUGGGAUAUCUCGAACCAUGUAGCUUUUACUGCCUGGUCAAGUCAGAAAGUGUGUGAUACUCGUGAAAAGUUCAUGGCCGUAGACGACCCGAACGAUAGACGAAUGGAUGAAAUGAUAGUGCUUGACACAUUCAUCUUCGAUGGUCAAGCUCCUGAUGAGGGCAAGUACUCUCACAGGUUUAUUCCGUGGGUGUAUAUAUUCGUCAGGACGGAUUCAAAAGCUGGAUACGCCAAGAUGUUUGAGGUUGUCUGCGAACGAGCUCUGUCGUUUCUAGGAGUGGAAAUACAAAUUGCGUUUGAAAGUCUCGACCACUCAGAAGCUAUUGCGUCUGCUUUUUGUGAGGAGAUUGAGUCGCACCACAGCGUCAUUAAGAAGACCUGCGUUCCCACCUCUCGUGCAUCCAUUAAUGGUGUACUAAGCGGUAUUCUACCUAGAAUUCUUAAGGCUGAUGGGGAGGAUCUUUGA